AUAUAAGGGUUUUACAAAAGUUACACACAUAAGUUGUCGAUUUGAGGAUGUUGGCCUAGUCAUGCAAACUCGCCUCGUCGUUGGAUUGAGAAUCAUACUUAACUCAAUCUUAUAUUUCGUACUUAGCUUGUUGCUAUUGAUUUUCUAAAUUUUAGUUGAUUUGUCAUCUUGAGGUUUGGAAGUUGAGGGCUUUUUUUUUUGUAGAAAGUUGAUGAAAUUUUUAAAAUGGUAGCGAGUAUGUUGUAUAAUCUUUGUUUGCCGGGUAUCUAUGGAGUCGAGGUUUGCCGAUUUCCUCUCGUAUAAAAAUAAUAAUAAAUUGGUUGAAAUUGUGAUUAAACAAAACAAAAAUUGAAAUGAAUAUUUGGUUUGAUUUUUGUUUUUGCUUGCUUGCAGUGUGUUUUCUCCUUGUUGUUUCUUUCGUUUCGUCCGAGUUUGAGUCUUUCUGUUUGGGUUCGAAAACUCUGUUCGGCUUUUGUCCUCGGCUCGUCUACCGUCUUGACGAAGGAGCUGUUUUUUCUGUUUGUUUUAUUUUGUUACAGUUUCAGACCUUUGUUCCUUGAUUUUUAAUGAAUUGACCAUUAAAAAAAAACCAAAUUGCCACAAACUGAAACUUUCGUGACCAAUAUGUAAAACCUAGCUGCUUAAAAUGCAAUUUCCUAUAGGAGAGAGCAUCCCCAUUUAAUAAGUUUCGUAUCCGUGGGUGACACGGAUUGCGACAAGUAAUGUAAACUAACGAGAUUCAGGGCCAUGAGAUAGGGCUGCAAUAAUGCAAAACCAGGACCAUUUUUUGCAGGUGGGGGAAGGAAAGGAUUGAGAUCUCUGAACCGAAACUAGACGAACAAUUGGCAUCCGAAUUCCAAGUCAUUCAAGAGGAAAAAAAUAAAAAACACCCAUGUCGCUCCAAAGAAACACCCAACUGUGGAAUUCUAGACUUUCACUCCAAUUAUAAGGCGGCCCGCCAGCCAGAUUCCGAUUCGCCGACGGGUAACAAUCAACGGACCCGUACGAGGGGGAUAAUCGGAAUUCCAAACAGCAACAAGUUGAAGAAUCAUUCGAGAAGAUGGCGACUAUCCGUGGACAUCAAAUCUGUAAACGACAAGAUCCCCUGUUCACACAAUAGCCAUAUCUCCUAGCUAGCAGCCCUUCUCUCAAGAACCCUACUUUUUACAGCACCCUUUGAGAAGCUCUGUGUUCGACUUCCACCAGGGCUUGCAGACUGACGACUUCUGGAAGAUUAGUGAAGACGGCGGACACGGCGAUUUUGAGGGCGGCCACUGCUCUGCCGCCAGAAUGUACCCGGUUUCUCUGUCGCCGCCGGCGUAUUUCAGGAAGUCGUCAACGUCGGUGAUCUUGAAUGGGAGGAGGGUGAUUGAUUCUUGGAGGGUCAAUGAUUGGAUGGUUAAAAAAAGGGUUGCUUGGGAAAGAAGCAGAUCAGAAGUUAGGCGGGCAGUUGUUGCGUUUCAGUGGCAGAGCAGAGCUCUGUCUCGGUCAACUUUCGAUUUUUAUAGACUGAAUAUGUGGAGAAUUUGUGGACUUGUUCUUUGUUAUUUCCUUCUUAAGAAUGAAUUUAUUUUUGCUACUGUUCUUAGCAAUUUCGAGGGUGUUUCUAUGUAGUUCCUGUUCAGUUAAAUGAAAGAAGCUUGUGGGGAAUUGGUUGGUGUUAGUGGAGGAAGAUGGCUUGAUUAAGUCAUUGAUAUCAAUGGUGGGGUGGGAUGGUACUUCAAUAUUCAUACUCGUUUCGAAUCAAAUACUGAUAAAGUUAGGUAACAUUCGCAUGGGUCGAGAUCAUAGUAGGUCGAAUCAUUAUUAUAUAUUAUUUGAAGAAGAUAUUUUAUUUUUAUUGAUGAAACAUAGAGAAAAUAUGCUAUAAAUGAAUUAGAAAUAAUAGUUAGAUUAAUAAUGUCAGGUCAUUUUUAUUAGAUAUACAUAUUAAUUAAUCUUCGAUUAAACUUCACUUCCUCUAGACAAUCAAUUGAAAGUUGAAGUUUUGCACUUAUUUAAAGUAUCAUUGGAUGAAAAUAUGAGUUAAGAUAAACCAGAAUGGGACAAAUAGAAACAUAAUAUUGAGAGCAAUCGAAGUACAAUAAGUCAAGGACGAGGGACGUUGUGAACCAGAGCUAAAGUAGUACACAUUGCCGUGCCCCAACUGGUUCAAAUUUCCAUAAGUAAAUUGGUGAUUGACACUGAAAUAGUAAUGAAGUUUAAUUACUACUUACACAAAGUCUAUGCAAUCCUCAUUAUUAUUGUGUCUAUUAAAAAGAUAAUCAAAGUCGUCUUGUUUAGUCAGAAAUAUGAGGUCUCCACCUAAAAGAUCAACAAAUUUGUCAUUUUUGUUUAUGGUGGUAUUGUAGUAGAGGUUGGUUAGUUUUUUUUUAAUUGACGUCUUAGCAUCUAAUUGGUAUUAAGGAUCGAACGAUCAUGAGCAAUACCCAUAAUGUCAUGUAACAACCAUUGUUCAAGACUGGGGGCACACACAUUGAAGUGGUGUGUGUCAAAAUUAACAAAGCGACUCUUGUUAGCUAAAAACUCAGCUGCAAAAUUAGCUUCUCUAAGCACAUGUCCUAUUCUAACCUCAUAAUCAAGAUUAAGAAGGACGUAGAAUUGUCUUGCAAGUAUCAUGUGAAGAUGAUCAUCAUCAAAAUAGUUUCUAACGAUGUCAAUUGCAGCCGUGGAUGCUUGGCUUACACUGCAGAAUUGGACAUCAUCAUCAAGAAUCAAGGCUUAUAUUGCAGAAUUGAUGCUUGGUUUAACAUCAUCGAGCAAGCCCAACACAGAGACACAAAUGACUGCUAUGAACCAACAAACUAACAAAGCAAUACCAUAUUGAGCUCAUUUCUUGGAAACUACCUGAUGUUGGAUGGAUUCAAGUUCACACGGAUAUAUCAGUUAUUUCUUCCUCAGGAAGAGUUGUUGCAGGUGGUCUUCUUCGAGACCAUUUGGGAAGAUGCCCUGAUGUCUUCGUCUGCAACCUUGGCUCGUGUUCUAUCACGAGUGCUGAACUUAAAGGUGCGAUUGAGGGAUUGAAGAUUGCUUGGGAGAGAGGGAACAAGAAGGUCCAACUCAAUAGAGGUUGGUUAAUUAGUUAUGAUUGAUCCUUGGCGAAUAAGGAUUUGAGUGUUUACGAUAUGUAUGUUGGUUAACAAACAUUCUAGCGUUAAUAGCAAACAUUGGAAGGACAGUUUAGUAAGUAUUUUGAGAUCAUCGAUAAGUAUUCGAUUAUAAUUUGUUAGAGAGUGGUAUAAGAUCCAACAUAACUUUCUCCCCAUAACUCGAGUUAUUGGAACCAACUGGUUUAUGACAUAAUUAGUAAGCAUGCAUGGGUCCUUCGGCAACAAGCAUUUGGAGACCAUAAUUAUGCAUUCGGAGAGUGAUUAACGACUAGUAAGCAUCCAUGGGUCCAUUAUUUGUAGAAAAAUAUGGUUUAGCAAAGACAUGUGGUUGAAUAAUGAAUGAAAGAUUGUUCA